AACAGUGCUGAGGCCUGAGGCUCCAACAACUUCUCGCUGUGUGCAUUCACGGCAACACUUGCGCCCACCAGACGAACCCUGUGUCUACCACCAAGAUCCUCGCUGCUGCCGCACUCGAUAUCAUAUGGCACGUAUGUACGGUGGUCCAGACACGCAAGUUGGAACAGUUCACGUCAAACAUAUACAGCUAAAUUCUAAUUAUCACUGGAACGUCGAAACUGGUUCAACUCUGCAUCGAGGUUUCAUGCCAGUGAUAAUUAGAAUUUGUUGCCAGCUCGGGCCCACGUUCACGGGUAACCUUGUUAAAGCCUGUCGUCCCCAACCUGCAAGUCAACCAUGUCAGACACCUUUCCGGGGCCCCGUGGAUCUCCUCAGACGACCACUCAUCAUCACGACUUCUAAGUCCCGGAUUCCUAGACCGCCAGGUCUUCCUUUUCUGCGCGCGAACAUUCUUUGGACUUCGGAGGAGAUAGUUGUGCGAAGGGAACAAACAUGUACCGAGUUGGUGAGACGGUCCGUUCCCUACUUCCGUACUCUGGGCCCACUAAUUACCUCCACUAUAGCCUUUCUCCUACCAGAUGGGCCGCCACCUGCCAAUCAGGGUCUGAUUAAGGGCCCUCAAUUCGUCCAUGAGGACCUAUUGCAUACAAGCACCAUUGACAACAAGCAAGGGAAGGGGACUGGAGUUCGUACCGAUCCUCGGACACGGACCCGAAAUAUUAUAACAUGGAGGCUGUGACAAGCCAUGACGUCGUUUAAGCUUACGAUAUGUCGGCAAGAUAUCAUUGUCCAACUGGUUUCAACCUCUCGUUUUCUGAAAUGGCCAAAACCUGAAACAACUAUCUGACGAGGUCCGACAACAACCUUACUUCACUUUGCGUUCAGUAUUUCUUUUUUCACUGAUAUCCACCAUAUCGUUCAUUCAUCUUUGGGAGGGGCCCUCCCGCUGAAUAUGGAAUUUGAAACGAACCGAUCGCAAACUUCAAUGAUUAGACAAGCU